GCGCAGCAGCUGCUCCCGGAGAAGCCCCCGGCCGAGGAUGCAACGCCUGGCUCGCCUGGUCCGCCGCUCGCCCUGGCUCUGGAACGUGGGGCUCUACGGCAGCCUCUUCGCGGCGGGCGACGCUGUCCAGCAGCAACUCCGACUCGGGCCGGGCCAGCGCGCCGACUGGGCUCAGACCCGCCGGGUGGCAUUGGUGGCGCUGACCUUCCACGCCAACUUCAACUACCUCUGGCUGCGGGCGCUGGAGCGGCUCCUGCCCGGACGAGCCCCGGCAUCCGUGCUGGCCAAGGUGGGCUGCGACCAGCUGGUGGGAGCCCCCGUGGCCAUCCUGGCUUUCUACUCCGACGGGGUUGAUGUACUGGCCGUUUGUACAGGUGUUCUGCGGUUAAAAAGUAUAGAGGCUGGGCCUCCGUCGGAGCGGGCUUUCUGUUAG